CUUCCCAGGAGACCCCGGAGGCGCGCACGCUCGCUUGUUUCUCUCCUGUUGGGGGCGGAGUCAGGCCGGGCGGAGUUUGGGUUCCCCCGACCACGCCCCGGGCUCUUCUCCCAACUCUGCCCUGUGAUUGGUGGUUCAGCGAGUCCACCCCCUUCGCUAUUGGUCGAGAGGCCGUCGCUCUCUCUGCCGGGUGGUCGCCUACUCCUACUUCCUCCCGGGAGGAGGGGCUCGAGUUCCGCGUCGUCGCGCAGAGCUGACUCUGGGAGGCGUUUGGGCCCAGAGAAGUGGAUCCGCCGCUUGCGCCGCAUGGAGUCUGAAUCGGAAAGCGGGGCUGCCGCUGACCCCCCACUGGAGACCCUAAGCUUCCAUGGUGAUGAAGAGAUUAUCGAGGUGGUAGAACUGGAUCCCGGUCCGCCGGACCCGGACGACCUGGCUCAGGAGAUGGAAGAUGUGGACUUUGAGGAAGAGGAAGAAGAAGAGGGCAAUGAGGAGGGCUGGGUUCUGGAACCCCAGGAAGGGGUGGUCGGCAGCAUGGAGGGCCCAGACGAUAGCGAGGUCACCUUUGCAUUGCACUCAGCAUCUGUGUUUUGCGUGAGCCUGGACCCCAAGACCAACACCUUGGCAGUGACAGGGGGCGAGGAUGACAAAGCCUUCGUGUGGCGGCUCAGCGAUGGGGAACUGCUCUUUGAGUGUGCAGGCCAUAAAGACUCUGUGACUUGUGCCGGUUUCAGCCACGACUCUACCCUUGUGGCCACAGGGGACAUGAGUGGCCUCUUGAAAGUAUGGCAGGUGGACACCAAGGAGGAGGUCUGGUCUUUUGAAGCGGGAGAUCUGGAGUGGAUGGAGUGGCACCCGCGGGCACCUGUCCUGCUGGCGGGCACGGCUGACGGCAACACCUGGAUGUGGAAGGUCCCGAAUGGUGACUGCAAGACCUUCCAGGGCCCCAACUGCCCAGCCACCUGUGGCCGAGUCCUCCCUGAUGGGAAGCGAGCUGUGGUCGGCUAUGAAGACGGCACCAUCAGGAUUUGGGACCUGAAGCAAGGAAACGCGAUAUAUGUACUAAAAGGGACUGAGGGUCACCAGGGCCCUCUGACCUGUGUGGCCACCAACCAGGAUGGCAGCCUGAUCCUGACGGGCUCUGUGGACUGCCAGGCCAAGUUGGUCAGUGCCACCACCGGCAAGGUGGUGGGUGUUUUCAGACCCGAGACCGUGGCCUCCCAGCCCAACCUGGGAGAAGGGGAGGAGAGCGAGUCCAACUCCGUGGAGUCCUUGGGCUUCUGCAGUGUGAUGCCUCUGGCAGCUGUCGGCUACCUGGAUGGGACCUUGGCCAUCUAUGACCUGUCUACGCAGACCCUCAGGCACCAGUGUCAGCACCAGUCGGGCAUCGUGCAGCUGCUGUGGGAGGCAGGCACCGCCGUGGUUUACACUUGCAGCCUGGACGGCAUCGUGCGCCUCUGGGAUGCUCGGACCGGCCGCCUGCUUACUGACUACCGGGGCCACACGGCUGAGAUCCUAGACUUUGCCCUCAGCAAAGAUGCCUCCUUGGUGGUGACCACGUCAGGAGACCACAAAGCGAAAGUAUUUUGUGUCCAGAGACCUGACCGCUAGUGGCCGCAGCCUCUGCUCUGUGUCUGGUGUGGAGGGGGCGCCGGGAGACCCCCAGCGACCGAGGCGGUAGGGGAGGAGGGAGGAGGAGGGGAGGGGCCUCGGACAACUUUCCAACCCCUUCGAAGUGACUUGCCCGCUCUCUGGCCCUUUCUUCUCUUAAGAGACCCGCCCCGGGGGCCCUUCCUUCCCCCGCCCUCGCCCAGACCUGGCGGAUCCCUCGGAAGGGAGGUUUAGCCCUCUUUCUCUUUCACUUCCUUUGCUGGUGUGAGCCACGGGGGUGCGUAUUUGUAUGUGGGGAGUAGGUCCUUGAAGUUCCCGUUCUUUCCCUUCCCAAGUCUAUGGGGGUGGAAAGGAGGAAGAGAUACUAGUUCACAGAUUUUAAAAAUGUAAAUAAAAUAUACUUCCCAGAGA